GGCCACGAAUACUCUUACUAUAACAGUUAAGCCUGAACCGUCCCGCUGUGCUGAUGACUAGCCGCCAAGGCGACCUCUGCAUCCGAAUGGACGGGUAAUAUGCAACGAUCCCGAACCCCAGCUCCCGUACGGGAUCCUGAAUGAGCUCUUACUAGGGGGCUUCUUUUAGUUUACGGGAUAUGUAACACUACAAAAACAUCUUAUUCUGUCUUUCUUGCUCGCCAAUUUUCGUGUUGUUUGUCUUUCUCGUCCGCCCCUCGAGAGACAUGACAAGGCCCCGAGCGCCAAGAGCGGCGGCCGUUGCGGGCGCGAUCGCGCGAAUUCUUGGCUUAGGUGCUUCUGUAGUAUUACUGGCCAACCUUAUCUACGAAAGUGUGAACUGGGGAAAGACGCUGGGGCUUUCGGUCUCGGUGGUAAGGCAUCAAACAUCAAAUACCACGCGGAAUGUGAAUAUCGAUGCUGAAUCCAAACCUCAGGCUGUGAUUGCACUCUUGGUCGACGGCUCCGAGCUGACCGGGUUACUUGACUCGACCCGCACUAUACCCCGUGUCUCCCCGUCUUGCUUAGUCUGCGAAGAUUUAUUUGUUCUUUGCUUGGCGAUUCCUUCAAUCUUCUUGAUUAUCUUGGGCAAUAUCCAUGAGACGGCCGCCGACGCGCCAUACCCCUGGGAAGGCACCGACUCGCUGUCUCUUAUAGUUACGAUUGCCAUAUGCAUCCUAAGAGGUAUAAUCCUGAUAUGGAGCUGUGUGGAUUGCUGUUACGUACUAAAGCGUCCGAGACGACCCGAGAGCGUGCUUACACCUGUACAUUCAAUAGGCGAGUUACGAGACGUUGCUCCGAGUAGAUAA